UCAUUUCCCUGUAGAUUUACGCAAUGACAUAAUCCUGACCUGUCAAUCAAAUCCCAGACCCGCCCUCUAAAACAGAGAGUCAAGAAAAUACAAAACACCAUCGAAGGGUCAGAACCUGGGCCUGGACAGACAGCGGGAUGAAUCAGCUGCUCUUCUUCACGCUCUGCUUUAGUGUGUGUGGCUCUGCUCUGGGUGCGGCGAUCACUCCUCUGUGUAGCUCGGUGUACAGGGGCUUUGCGGAGUGCCUGGUUACUCUGGGGGACAGUGUGAGCGUCCAGUCAGACAACGUCCAGGACAUCACCUCCAUCUGCAGGUACUGGGACGUGUUUCAGGACUGUGUGAGGGGGGCGCUGGCGGGAUGCCGGGGCGACGCUGCCGAGGUCUGGGAGUCUCUACGAGCCGAGUCUCGCCGGACGCAGUUCUCCGGAAACCUGUACGAAAUGUGUGCCAACCGCCCCCCAACCCCUACCCCCAAACCCCUGACCCCGCCCAGCACCGACCAGACCAAUCAGGAGUCUCUGAAAGGACUUGCGGCAGGCAGUGGCCACACCCACUCUGUGCGGUUAUUUCUAGCCUGCAUUUCUGUUGUUCUGAUCCGAUAGUACCUCCAAACAUACAGCCAAUACUUUACACACGAUGACUGCAAAGCAUGUUUAUAAUAGAAUAACCAGUUUCUACACCCAUUAUUCUUCAGCUCCACUGAUCAUAUUGGACACAAAAAUAAAAAUAGAAUUAUUACA